AUGGACACACGAGGGAAAACCAAUGCUGAGUUUCGCAACGAGGAGGUUUUGACGGAGCUCCAAGCUUUGCGAGUAACUCGAACUGCCAACCACUCCCAACCAGAAAUCAACCCCUUUGCCCCAGAGGGAUCAGUUCACUACUCGCACACUACUACCGCAAUCACCAAUACUGACCCACAUCUUCCACAACACCUUAAGUUGAAUUUUCCCAAAUUCAAUGGGGAAGACCCAAUCAACUGGAUCUACAGGGCUGAACAAUAUUUUGAGUUUCAAAACAUUGUAGCUAAAACCCAAGUUCAGCUUGCCUUCUUCCAUCUUGAAGGCAUUGCACUCCAGUGGCACCGCUGGUUGACGAAGUUUCGAGGACCCCUUUCUUGGAAUGAUUUCACCAAGGCCAUUCUCCUCAGGUUCGGUCCUACCGAAUAUGAAGAUCCUUCUGAAGCAUUGCCCCGCCUAAAGCAGACAACUACAGUGGCUGCAUAUCAGGAGGCAUUUGAGGGACUCUCCCACCAGGUCAACGGAUUACCUGAGCCAUUUCUCAUCGGUUGCUUUAUUGCAGGGUUACGUGAUGACAUUCGCCUAGACGUCAAGAUUAAGCAACCACGCACGUUUGCAAGUGCCAUUGGAGUAGCAAGACUGAUUGAAGAGCGUAAUCUCCUUCAAAAGAAAACAGCAACUCCUAGCCGCAUCCCAAUGACAGCGACGCUACAGAAGGGACCUAACCCUUCCGCGGGAAUUCUUGGACCUAAUCCAACCCAACGGUCCAAUAAUAGCUUAAAUCCUUCCUCAUUGUUGGUUCGCCGAAUCACCAAUCAGGAGGCUCGUGAGCAGAGAGAGAAGGGAUUAUGCUACUAUUGCGACGAAAAAUACUUCCAGGGACACCGAUGUGAACGGCCCCAGCUUUUCAUGAUCACGGAUACACCACCAGAAGAGGAAGAAGCUCUAGGUGACAACCAGCAAGGAACAAAGGGGAUUAACACCUUACCUGAGAUAUCAUUCCAUGCCAUUACCGGGGGUGAACACCCGCAAACCCUCCGUGUUUUAGGCCGAUUAAAGAACAAAGACCUAACUAUCUUGAUUGACGGCGGCAGCACUCAUAAUUUCAUUGAUCAAACGGUUGUCUCCAGAUUCGGAUUGCCAGUCGUAAGAGAGAAGAAACUCCAGGUGAUCGUGGCGAAUCAAGAACAGAUCGAGUGCAUGGGGCAAUGUCCAGGACUUAUGCUCACCAUCCAAGGAAUUCCUGUCACGACAGACUACUACAUCCUACCAGUGGCAGCUUGUCAGGGGGUCUUCGGGGUCCAGUGGUUGGAGACUCUAGGUCCAAUUGAAUCAUACUAUAAGGCUCUCACUAUGUCAUUCAAAUUGGAAGGCACCAAGCAUACUCUUCAUGGGUCCCCUUCACAUCGACGAUCGCCAGAAAUGGUAGAGCUGCUGAACCAAUAUGCUCGGGUUUUCGAGAAACCAAACAACCUACCUCCUAAACGCCCACACGAUCAUCGAAUUCCACUGGCUUUGAACCAUAUCACCAUCAAGGACAAGUACCCUAUUCCAAUGAUAGAUGAGUUACUGGAUGAACUCCAUGGGGCCAAGUUCUUCUCUAAACUGGAUUUAAGAUUAGGAUACCACCAAAUCCGGAUGCAAGUAGAAGAUAUUCUGAAGACUGCUUUCAGGACCCACGAAGGACACUAUGAAUUCGUGGUCAUGCCCUUCGGGCAAACCAAUGCCCCAGCAACUUUUCAAAGCCUCAUGAACGAUCUCUUUCGGUCCUAUCUCCGGAAAUUCAUCCUCAUAUUCUUCGACGACAUACUAGUAUACUCCAAGUCUUGGAAUGAUCAUUUGUCGCAUCUACAGAUUGUUUUUGAUUUAUUGUCCAUUAACCAACUAUUUGUCAAAGAAUCAAAAUGUCAAUUUGGAGUUACACAGGUCACCUACUUGGGCCAUAUUGUUUCAGAAAAAGGAGUAUCUGUUGACCCAGACAAAAUACAGGCAGUAGUCACUUGGCCUAAGCCCACUACAGCCAGAGAAUGGAGUAGUGAAGCAGAAGAAGCCUUCCACAAAUUUAAAGAGGUGUUGACCAAUCCGCCAACCUUACGUCUGCCAAACUUCACUCAAAGGUUCGUGAUCGAAUGUGAUGCAAGUGGGACUGGGAUAGGGGCAGUUCUCACUCAGUAUAACCACCCUGUGGCUUAUUUCAGUGAAGCUUUAAAGGGAUCAACUUUGGCACUAUCCACCUAUGAAAAAAAAAUGUUGACAGUAGUCAAGGCAAUCAAAAAGUGGCGUCCCUACCUACUAGGUAAACCAUUCACAGUUCGCACUGACCACCUGAGCCUUAAAUAUCUGCUGGAACAACGAAUUACCACUCCCGUACAGACACGAUGGCUGCUCAAAAUCCUUGGGUAUGAUUAUACCAUCGAAUACAAGAAAGGGCCAGAAAAUCAAGCCGCAGACUCCUUAUCUCGCAGGAUAGAAGUCUGUUUCAUCUCAACUUCUAUCCCAAGUGCAGAAUGGUGGCAAACACUUCAGAGGGAGGUCCUCUAG